CGACUGACGACUUUUUGUGUGGAUCGACUCGAGUUCGUAUCGUUUGUGUAAUAAACUAUAAACCACGCGCAGUGACUGCUUUUGCUUUAUUACUUGCCCCUGCUGUUUUAUCAAGAAUACAACAAAAUCUUUUCUCGAUUUUCCUUUUUCCCAAGUAAAAUUAUCAAACAACAUAUUUGUGAAUCAGAAAAAGUCAUCAAAUUAAAUAAAAAAAGAACAGCGUACAUAAAUUUUGUCCAAAACUUAUCGCAUCUAUUUUUCACCUCGGUCGGUUGUAGUCGUCGUCGUUUGUAAGGUUUAUUUUGUCAAAAAGCAUUUAUACAUUAAUUUGUUUGUUUAGUGUGAAAAAUCCAUUCCAAAAAAUAAAAUUAACCCUUAACUCUGUUAGAGGUACAUCACUGUACCGUAUACAGAAUAUUUGAAGUUUUGUGAAAAUAAUUCUGUGAAAAAUUAGAAGUAAGCUUAGCAGGAGGCCAAAACAAAAAUUUUGCACCUUAAAAUAAAUCGCAGCCAGUUUGAAAUCACAAAUAUAUGGUUUAAUGCACAAACGCAUAUUUAUAUUUGUAUGAUUUUUAAAAUACAAAUCUAACUGCCGGAACGUCCUAUGAAAUCAAACACAUUUUAUUAAAUACUUCUGCAUCUCAACUUAAUUAUUAUCAUACAAAUUUAUUUUGCUAAAAUAUUUAAAUCAUUCACACUUCUAUUUGUUUAUGAACUUAAAUAAAUACUGAACUGAUAUCUUCAAAAAAGGUAUUAACACAACGAAAUCAAUUAUUUGAAAUUAUCUGAAUUGUGUUUUUAGCUAAAAACAUGUUCAGUCCAGAUUAUGAAAAACGGAUUUUGAAACACUGCAGUCCUGUUGCCCGAAAUUUGUUUAAUUCGUUCGAUGCAGCAAGCACAUCAACAUCACUUGAUCGAUUUAUACCAUGCAGAGCAAAUAACAAUUGGCAAACUAAUUUCGCUUCAAUCAGCAAAUCAAAUGAAAAUUCACCACAAACUAGUAAAAAGCAACGUGAUUGUGGUGAAUCAGCCCGCGAUAGUUUAGCAUAUUCUUGCCUCCUUAAAAACGAGCUUCUUGGAACAGCUAUUGAAGAUGUUAAAGCUGUCAGUGAUGAACGAAAUGAGAAUAACUAUCUUCCGAGUGCAAAAAAAAAUCUUUUUAAAUACCAGUCACCAACGAAACAGGACUUCAAUGAACAGUGUCCCUACUCAUUAUCACCUGUCAGUACUAAAAGCCAAAAACUUCUAAGGUCUCCUAGAAAAGCAACUAGAAAAAUUUCACGGAUUCCAUUCAAAGUGUUAGAUGCCCCUGAACUACAAGAUGACUUCUAUUUAAAUUUGGUUGACUGGUCAUCGCAAAAUGUACUAGCUGUUGGUUUAGGCAGCUGUGUAUAUCUAUGGAGUGCGUGUACAAGUCAAGUAACGCGAUUAUGUGACCUUAGCCCAGAUGCGAAUACAGUAACCUCCGUAUCAUGGAACGAACGUGGCAAUUUGGUAGCUGUUGGCACACAUCACGGUUAUGUUACUGUGUGGGAUGUAGCAGCCAGCAAACAGAUUAACAAACUAAAUGGUCACUCUGCUCGCGUUGGGGCUCUGGCUUGGAAUGGUGAUAUUUUGUCAAGCGGUUCACGAGAUCGUUUGAUAAUCCAACGCGAUACUCGUACACCAGCGCAACAAUCUGAAAGGCAUUUAGCUGGCCACAGGCAAGAAGUGUGCGGCCUAAAAUGGUCUCCGGACAAUCAAUAUUUAGCUAGUGGGGGCAAUGAUAAUCGUUUGUAUGUGUGGAAUCAACAUUCGCUGAAUCCGGUUCAGUCGUACACCGAGCAUAUGGCUGCAGUAAAGGCAAUCGCAUGGUCUCCGCAUCACCAUGGACUGUUGGCGAGUGGCGGUGGAACAGCAGAUCGAUGCAUUCGCUUUUGGAAUACACUAACUGGCCAACCUAUGCAAUGUGUGGACACAGGAUCACAAGUGUGCAAUCUAGCCUGGUCCAAGCACUCCUCCGAACUAGUCUCCACGCAUGGCUACUCUCAAAAUCAAAUCUUGGUUUGGAAAUACCCCUCACUUACACAAGUUGCGAAGCUCACCGGACACUCAUACCGCGUAUUAUAUCUGGCAUUAAGUCCGGACGGCGAAGCGAUUGUCACUGGAGCUGGAGACGAAACACUUCGUUUUUGGAAUGUGUUUAGCAAAGCACGCAGCCAAAAAGAAAACAAAUCUGUGCUCAAUCUCUUUACGAAUAUAAGAUAAACUGAAAAUUAGGAUAAUUUACAUUAUAUAAUUACAUAUAUAUACAUAUAUAAAACAGCUCCUCCUUUAGAAAUUUGCUUUAAAUUGUAUUCUUUUAGCUCUAAAAUCAGUGGCUUCCGGGUUUUCCGGAGAAUCCAAAUCAAAGAAUAACUAAUUUAGCUUGCAAUAGUCACUACACUUUUUUUAACAUUUAUUUUUUUAUUUUUAUAUUAUUAUUAUUUUCUUUUUCAUUUGUUAACAAUUUUUAUUUUGUUAAAAAUCUAUAAUAUAUUUUGUAUUUAACUUUCAUAUGCAUUGUGCGUAUGUCUGUAUGCGCUUGGAGUUAGGAAAAAUUAUUAUAUACAGAAUUAAAUUAAAAAUAUAAUUAAAUUUCAUUUAUUUAAAUAAAGAAUUGUGUGAAAUAAAAAAAAAAA